CUUUCUGAAAAAUUGCCUACACAUAAUUAAGAAAAGGGGGCCAAAUUCUGUAACUUUUUACCCCAAUUUCGGCGAUCGAGUGCGAAAUCCACAAGAUCUCCGUCUUCAAGCUUUGAUCUUCCCCCAUCAGGAUUUGAGUUGUGCUUGCGUUUUUGCUCAACGUUUAAGAGGUCAAAAUGUCAACUUGCAAGCAGUUCUCCCGAAUCGAUACCGCUGAGCUGAAAUCUCAGCUGUUUAGGAAGCUUGGCUGCCAACGAGCUGAGAAGUACUUUUAUAACCUCAAGAGAUUACUCAACCUGAGACUCAGCAAGUUGGAGUUUGAGAAAUUGUGUUAUAGUAUUAUUGGCAAAGAAAACAUUGCCCUCCAUAAUUUGUUCAUCAGAUCGAUCCUCAGCAAUGUUUGUCUCUCACUUGCUCCACCUAGUAGAGAGACACUCACAGGAAAUUCGCGUACAUCAAAACUUUCCAGCAUUGGUGAAACCGUUCCUCCAUCACCUCGAAGGGGAAGAUCAUCCAUAAGCAGUAGGGAUAGAAGAUUAGCCGAGCGAUCUAGCCUACUCGGGCCUUAUGGAAAAAUUCCUCCAGGACAUGUUCAAGAAGUCACUAAUUCUUGUGAUUUACAGAGGUCAAGAGAGCAGCAAAGUGCCCUAGAGUUGAUAUCUAUUGGCAGCAAAGCACUAACAUCUGUGGAGGAUGGGGAAGAGGUUGAUCAAUAUCGAUGUAGCCCGAGUGUCCAGAGUAGAAGUCCUCUGAGGCCUCCGCUAGGCAUUCUAGCAACUGCUGGUGAUCGUUCUUGUAAAUCUUUUUCUGGUGGCUUCUCGUCGAGCUUUCGAGGUGUGCAGUCAAAUAAACUCAAUAGCUGUCAUCAUACUUCUGAACUACCAGAUUCGAGGGCCUUGAGGGUUUGGUUGGAGAGGAAGUUGGAGGUUGGAGGCCUUGGGUUGUCAGUUGAUUGUGCCAAUGCGUUAAAUCAUGGGAUGGAUGCAUUCCUGAGAAGGUUGAUCAGACCUUGCAUGAACCUUGCUAGGGCUAGGCGUAGUUCGAAUAGGAUAUAUCGUGCACACGGAAGUAUUUUGCCUAACAUGAAAGGUUUUUGGCAAUUGGAUCCAACACAAACAUCAAACGGGUGCUAUUAUGCUUCAUCGCAUGAUUUCCGAUUAGCAAUGGAAAUGAAUCCUGAUUUACUUGGAGGUGAUCGGCCCCUACAGCUUGAGAAAAUCUGCUUUCAUUUUUCAGAAGAUUGAAAUCUGACCUGUGUAUGGUCGUAGUUACGUUCUCAUGGUGAUUCCUGGAGAAUACAAUUUGAGGAUCCAAUUCCUCUUUAAACUUUGUGAAGCAAUAAUAUGCGUCUAUUAUAUUUCCAAGAAUGAAAAAGAGAAAUUCAAGGCGUCUGAAUUAUUUAUACACCAAGCUUCAUGGAAUAUGGCAUAAAGGAUAAUGGCAUACACCUACAACUUCACAGGUUUGAUCAUUCUAAAUCUGCCAAUUUCUUGUGAUGGAUCUUACAUCCUUGUCGAAUUAGGCUGUAAAAAUUUCAAUUUCGAAAGGAAUUUUAAGUUCAUAGUCAUUUCUGAGAAUGGGCUAUGCUUGUAAAUGAUAUAUUAGUUUCCACCUGUUGUUUCAUUUUUGAAACUAUACCGAGGCAUUCUGUUCUAAAUUAAUGAAGGCAGGCUAUUCACUGCA